UUUUGUACGUUGAAAACGUGUUUUUGAUGAGAUUUCGAUAUAAUGCACAUGCUGUAGUGAGCUCGCCUGACCCGUUGAAACUGCGUAGUAGGAAUCUUGACUUUGUGGUAGCAGUAUGACUACAAAAUACGGAAGUGUAAUAGGUCCAUAAAAAGUUUGCACAUUUACUUUUGGGCUGCUGACUAUCAUGUGAUAGUGUUACCUGAUUUUACGAUAAUAAUAUUUUAUGUUUCCUUUUUGUUACCGUAGUCUUGCUGUUUCAGUGGUUAGGUUCUUGAAAAUGCCUGGGUUGAGAGAAAGGUUAAGAGCGAUUUUCACGGUGGAGCCCGUUCUUUUCUUCUUCAUGACGAGUACUUUCAUUUUUGUACCAGCAUUUCAGCAGCUUGUCAUCGCCAAGGUGUGCAAUGAGAUGUACCCAAACAAGACGGUCUGUGCUGAUUCCAUCCAGAUAAAGGGGGAUGUGGAAAUUCAGAGGCAAUCCUCCUACAUUAUCUUGGCCUACACUGGAAUGCUCAGCCUGGUGUCCAUCCCUCCAGCCAUGAUAUUGGGCUCCUGGUCUGACCAAGGGGGGCGCAAGUUGGGCAUGGUCCUGCCCAGCCUGCUGGCCCUGGUUUCCAGUUCCGUCUUCAUCGCCAUGGCGGUUGUGGAAAGUGCCAGCGCCUACUGGGGCGUGGCGGCGGCCCUGGUGUCGGGGCUCUCGGGCAGCCACGUCUCCGUGUUCCUCAGCUGCUUCAGCUACGUGGCCGACGUUGCCGACGCCAGCAGCCGCACCCGACGCAUGGCCCUGGCCGAGUCCAUGGUCUUCGUGGGCGGGACGGCGGGCUUCCUCCUCAGCGGCUUCCUGCUAACCCGGUUUGGGUUUGUGGCGACUUUCGGGGUCUGCUGCGCUUUCCACGUUCUCAGCGUCCUGUACGUCCUGCUGUGGCUGCCCAGCCCUGACCGGACGACGCAGACCCUGCUCGCCGACAGCCAGGAAGAGGCGGGCAGCGUCCCGCUCGGGCUGUCCGUCCUGACGUACGCCGGACGCUCCUUCAAGACCAUGUUCAGAGAGCGGCGGGACGGCGAGAAACAUAAGCUUCUCCUCCUGAUGAUCUGCACCUUCCUGAACAACUUGAUAGCUAUGGGAGAUCAGGCUGUCUUACUCCUCUAUCUGACGUACACGCCAAGAGAGUUCACCACAGAGAUGUAUGGUGUGUUCAACUCUGCACGGAUGCUGUUGUUUGGAUUUGCCUUGAUGGGGCUGUUUCCAUUGCUGUUGAGAUGCUUUGGGGAGAUGACGCUGGCCAAAAUGAGCGCCUUCUUAAGGACGGUGUCUUGUGUCCUAAUGGCGUUUUCCACAAACACAUGGAUGGUGUUUCUGGCGGCGGUGGUGGGGACACCAUCUGGGAUCCCGCAGGCUGUGACCCGAUCCCUGUCUUCUGCCAUCGUUGACCCCAAUGAGCAAGGUGCUAUGUUUUCCUUUAUGGCCUCGAUGGAGGCCUUGUGCCUCCUUGUCGCUGCGAUGCUGUUCAAUGGCUUAUACCCUUUGACCUUGACAUCAUUCCCUGGGAUGGUCUUCAUCAUGAUGGCCGGAUUUGCCUUCAUUAUAUUGAUCUUCAUACAGUGGAUCAGCGAAAUGCCAGCCACCCAACCUCGCCUGGUCGACCAGGACUAAACUGCUGCUGCAUCUUGGGAUACUGACGGGAGAGGGAAGUUUCAGGGGCUCGUAAUGGGCGGUGCUACAUUGACCUGUCAGUAAUUUCCUUCACCCGAUCAAACAUUUUUUUUUUCUGCUCUCCGCUGCAGAAAGCACAAUGACUGCUCCAAGGAGCAUUCCAAAUGAGAAGAAAAGUGAAUCUUAUAAUAAACAAAUUUUGUACCACUCA